CGUCCAUAAUCGUCCAGUGAACCGCUGACUGACCUGACUUAAUAUCCACACCGAGACAACCGCGGGGAGGUUUUUUUUUUCCAAUUAAUAUUAUACUGAAUAUUAAUAUUAUUAUUUUAUUCAAACCCCGUCUUUUCAAGGAGACAUCCUGGAAGCGCUCGGGGAACCGCGAAUAUCAACGCGGCAAGGAUGCUUCGUGACCCGCUGCAGGUGUGAAGAGAUGCCGGGGGAGCCGCCGGUGGGCAGCGGCCGAGUGGUGCUGGUCAAGAAGAUCAUCAUGAAGGACGGAGCGGCGCUCCAGCAGGGCAUGGGCCGGCCCAGUGUGUACCAUGCAGUGGUGGUCAUCUUUUUGGAGUUCUUCGCCUGGGGUUUGCUGACUACACCUAUGCUCACAGUGCUACAUGAAACAUUCCCCCAGCACACGUUCUUAAUGAAUGGACUCAUUCAAGGCGUAAAGGGUCUUCUGUCGUUCAUGUCUGCUCCCCUGAUUGGUGCAUUGUCAGAUGUGUGGGGGAGACGAUCUUUCCUGUUGGUCACCGUCUUCUUCACCUGUGCCCCAAUACCCCUCAUGAGACUCAGCCCCUGGUGGUACUUUGCCAUGAUCUCCAUGUCUGGAGCAUUCUCUGUCACCUUCUCAGUCAUAUUUGCCUACGUUGCAGAUGUAACAGAUGAAAGAGAGAGGAGUACAGCUUACGGUCUGGUGUCUGCUACAUUUGCUGCCAGCCUGGUGACCAGCCCAGCAAUUGGAGCGUACUUGUCAGCCUGGUAUGGAGACAACCUGGUGGUCCUGGUGGCCACACUAAUCGCCCUUGCGGACAUCUGCUUCAUCCUGCUGGCUGUGCCUGAGUCUUUGCCUGACAAAAUGAGGCUCAAUACCUGGGGAGCGCCUAUAUCCUGGGAGCAAGCGGAUCCUUUUGCUUCUCUGAGGAAGGUGGGCCAGGACACCACUGUCUUACUUAUCUGUAUCACUGUUUUCCUCUCAUACCUGCCAGAGGCUGGACAGUACUCUAGCUUCUUCCUCUAUCUGAGACAGGUCAUCAAUUUUUCCUCAACAACCAUUGCUGUUUUUAUUGGGGUUGUUGGCAUCCUAUCCAUUGUCGCACAGACUCUCCUACUCACACUGCUGAUGAGGACGCUGGGUAAUAAAAACACUGUUCUACUGGGUUUGGGCUUCCAGAUCCUUCAGUUGGCCUGGUAUGGCCUUGGAUCAGAGCCUUGGAUGAUGUGGGCCGCUGGUGCUGUGGCAGCCAUGUCCUCCAUCACCUUCCCUGCAGUCUCAGCUCUGGUGUCACAGUCUGCAGAUCCUGAUAAGCAAGGUGUAGCCCAGGGAAUGAUAACAGGAAUCAGAGGCCUGUGUAAUGGUUUGGGUCCAGCUCUGUAUGGAUUCAUCUUCUUCCUUUUUAAUGUGGAGCUCAACACCAUGGACCCCAUCCAGGGAGAUUUUGACCCCCUGCCUCUGCACAGUCCUACUGAGCAAUCCCUCAUCCCUGGCCCACCUUUCCUAUUGGGAGCUUGUACUGUGGUCGUCGCCUUCCUCGUUGCUCUGUUCAUACCAGAGAAAGCACCUGCCGCCGCAUCUUCUCCGCUCCCUCUCAGCGAUAAGCCCCAUCCUGGAAGCAAGGAGUCGCUCUCCACGCUGGCAGGCGUCCAUAUUAACACUCCUCUGCCGGGCAGCGAUGAAGAAUCUCCUCCCGCAACGAGCGAGGAGGACUUUGAGCCCCUGUUGCAGGACAGCAUCGUUUGACCCGUGGAAGGAAACCCAUUGACACUUUGCUGGAAAACAAGAAGAGCACAUUUGGUUUGCUGCAGGGUGAGUGUACCUCCAUUGUCUUGUUGUUGUAGACUCACAGCAAGAAGUGCCAAUAGCGUUGUUGCUUUGCCAGAAGGUGCAACAUUUUACUGAACAGUUUGGUAUAAAGGCAGCUGUCCAAGUGCUCCAAAUGUGAAGCCAUCGUUUAACUGGAUGAAGACGGACACUUUUUUUUUGGCUGAAGAAGAUCAAAGAAAGGGAAGGUAAUGUUUUUAAAGACGAUUCAUCCAAUUAACACCGUACGAUAUAUGAACCCCAAAGAACGAUACUGAUUUUUAGACAUUGUUGAAAACUUAUCUAUAAUGAGCAACGACUUCUACUUCAGGUCCACGUUUUCUCUUUGAUUUGUUUAAUUUCACAAUUCUAUUGGAUUGUGAAACUGAAAGAAGACGAUGUACUUUAGCAUUGUUGUUGCAUAGAUUCUGGUGCUAACGGUAGAUUCCUCUAAAUAAUUCUGUAUAAUAUACUGUAAUAACACAAGUAUUCUACCAAUAUCGUCGUGAAUGUACUCCCAAGUUUUAUCACCAAAGUCCUGAAACGGCUAUAAAUGUCAGUAAAUAUGUUUAAAAGGUCCUGCUUAAAACCAUUUUUGAGGAAGUCCUAGUCACUGAGACUGCAAUUGCUGGAAAGCCAAGAAACUACUUAGAAGAUUGAGGACAACAUGUCAGUUUAAUUGUAGCUAAUAGCCAGAAUGUACACAAUUGUUUGCUUCAAGACAACAUGUGAAUGAUGAAGUAAUGAGGGAUUACAUUUCAGCAGUAGCACUGAAUGCAGUACUACAACAACUACUAGUACCACUACUAAAGUACUACUUUUGAAACCACAAUAUCAAGCUUGUCUUGUCAAAGAUUGCGUGAAGAGGUCAGAGAGUAAACAUAUGCCUAAUAAUAAAAGUUGUAAUUAUGUUUUAACAAUCUGCAUAGACUUGGGAAAUACACCAUAAGUUUUAUUUGUACUAAACUACUCCCAAGACAGCCCAAACAUGUUCUCAGCUCUUAGUUAUAUUUUUAAAUCAUCAAAAUCUCAUUGUUUAUUGCUUCUGAAAAUGAUGCAACCGAUGAUCAAUAUUUUUAGUACAAAACUGUCCAAACCCAUAUCAUAAUUACAAUAAAAAAGUGCACAGUGUUGUUUGAUUGUGGCUGUAAACACUGUAAAUGUUGUACAUAGACUCAAUGUUAGUGAUGAAAACUGUACAUGCGAUUUACUUUAAAUAAAAAGUAUGUUUCUUCUGAAUGUGGGGAAAAAUAAACAUGUUGGUUAACAAAAAUUAAAACAGAACACAUGAA